AGUGGAGGAAAUGUAUUUACUCUGAGGUGAGAAAACAUUUAUACUCUACAGACAGCAGCACAAGGAAAGGAAAACAUUUUCUUCAGUGAAGAAUGAGCGAAAGUUUCAAAGAAGGCCAUGACAUUCAGGGGACACAGUUCAGGGGUCCUUCUCUGUCCCAGCAGAGGAGGGUCAUCCAUUUCUCCAGCGGUGAGACUCUAGAGGAAGAUAACAGUGAGGAAGAGGAGGAUACAUCACAUGAGCAGGUGUUUAGGGAGCCUGAAGACAUGCUUAAACUUCCGUGGAGAGCAUAUACUUGGUCUCUGGGCAGGAAGUCAUUGCGCACUUGUGAUUUUCUUGGGGAAAAACUGGCUGGUCUACUUGGCCUUAACACUGCCAAAUACCAGUAUGCUGUAGACGAAUAUCAACGUUCCAUUAAGACCACAGCCAGUAAAGAAACGGAAUGCUCUUAUGAGGAAGGAACAGAGAGAAUUCACCUUUCUUCAAGGAUGAGCAGUGAAUAUGGGGCCACAAGCUCCCACAGACCCCCUGCUGGUUCUCAAGCCUCCCAGAACAUUGAGCACAGAACUACAGGAUCCCACAACAAGGGCUAUCAAAAUGAUAAUGAGCACUGAGAAAGAACUAGCUA